GUUAUGGCAAUAGUGAUUCCUUUGGUGAGGGAAAAUUCCAAGCGUAAUCUUUAUUCAAUCUCAGCUGCCUUCUUCUCUUCUUCGUGUACUAGGGUUUCUUCUGAUGCUGUCCUCCUCCUAAACCCUAGCCCCCACUGUCUCUCUCUCUCUCUCAAUUCGUUGAUUUAACAGGAUACAGAACGAUCAUCGGAGGGAGUGAUGGAUGAUGUGUGUGAAGGGAAGGACUUCUCAUUCCCGAAGCAGGAAGAGAAGGUGCUGCAAUGGUGGAGCGAAAUCAAGGCGUUCGAGACGCAGCUUGAGCGGACCAAGCACCUGCCCGAGUAUAUCUUCUACGACGGGCCCCCGUUCGCAACGGGACUGCCGCACUACGGCCACAUUCUGGCGGGGACAAUAAAGGACAUCGUGACUCGCUACCAGACCAUGCGUGGCCACCACGUCACGCGCCGCUUCGGUUGGGACUGCCACGGCCUCCCCAUCGAGUUCGAGAUUGACACCAAGCUCGGCAUCAAGACCCGUGACGAUGUGCUCAGGAUGGGCAUUGACCAUUAUAACGAGGAGUGCCGCAGCAUCGUUACCAGGUACGUCAACGAGUGGGAGAAGAUCAUCACCAGGACUGGACGCUGGAUCGAUUUCAAGAACGAUUACAAGACCAUGGACUUAAGUUUCAUGGAGAGUGUGUGGUGGGUUUUUGCUCAGCUCUUUGAAAAAGGCCUCGUCUAUCGAGGUUUCAAGGUUAUGCCAUACAGCACCGGUUGCAAGACUCCACUGUCCAACUUUGAAGCCAAUUCCAACUACAAGGAAGUUCCUGACCCUGAAAUCAUGGUAACUUUCCCCAUAGUUGAUGAUCCAGAUGGUACAGCCUUUGUGGCAUGGACAACGACACCUUGGACACUACCUAGCAAUCUCGCUCUUUGUGUGAAUGCUGAUAUUGUCUAUGUCAAGGUCAAGAACAAGUUGAAUGGGAAAAUUUAUGUGGUUGCUGAGUCUCGACUAUCAGAGCUUCCUGUUGAGAAACCAAAAAAGAGCAUGCCUAAUGGUUCCAUGAAUGACACUGAAAAUUCAAAGUCUAAGACCAAAGGAUCCACUGGAGGGAAAAAUAAGAAUGCAGUGGAUACUUGUGAGGUUUUGGAAAAAUUUUCAGGGGCUUCACUGGUGGGAACGAAGUACGUGCCAUUGUUUGACUACUUCAUAGAGUUCUCAGAUGUGGCAUUUAAAGUUGUUGCAGACAAUUAUGUGACUUCUGAUAGUGGGACUGGAGUUGUUCAUAUGGCUCCUGCAUUCGGUGAAGAUGAUUAUCGUGUUUGCAUUGAAAAUCAAAUAAUUAGCAAGGGGGAGAACCUAAUUGUGGCAGUUGAUGAUGAUGGCUGCUUUACCAGGAAAAUUACUGACUUCAGUGGCCGCUAUAUUAAGGAUGCAGACAAGGAUAUUGUUCUGGCAGUGAAGGACAAAGGCAGGCUUGUAAAAACUGGAAGUUUUACACAUCCUUAUCCAUUUUGUUGGAGAUCAGAGACACCACUUAUAUACAGAGCAGUCCCGAGCUGGUUUGUGGCAGUGGAGAAGUUGAAAGAUCAAUUGCUAGAAAACAACAAACAGACGUACUGGGUGCCUCAUUUUGUGAAGGAAAAACGCUUCCACAAUUGGCUUGAAAAUGCCAGAGAUUGGGCAGUUAGUCGAAGUAGAUUUUGGGGUACCCCCCUUCCUGUAUGGAUUAGUGAUGACAGUGAAGAAGUGAUAAUAAUGGACUCUAUUGCUAAACUUGAAAAGCUUUCUGGUGUUAAGGUCACCGAUUUGCAUCGCCACAAGAUUGAUCACAUCACAAUUCCAUCAAGUCGCGGCCCAGAUUUUGGAGUUCUUAGACGUGUUGAAGAUGUGUUUGAUUGUUGGUUUGAGAGUGGGUCGAUGCCUUAUGCUUACAUCCACUAUCCAUUUGAGAACACUGAACUAUUUGAGAACAACUUCCCGGGGCAUUUUGUGGCUGAGGGUUUGGAUCAAACUCGUGGCUGGUUCUAUACUCUCAUGGUCUUGUCAACUGCACUCUUUGGGAAACCUGCAUUUAGAAAUCUCAUUUGCAAUGGGCUUGUGCUGGCAGAGGAUGGGAAAAAGAUGAGUAAAAGACUAAAGAACUACCCUUCACCUAUGGAAGUCAUUAAUGAUUAUGGGGCUGAUGCUUUACGUUUAUACAUUAUCAACUCACCGGUUGUGCGUGCUGAGCCCUUACGUUUCAAAAAGGAUGGAGUGUAUGGAGUUGUCAAAGAUGUAUUUCUACCAUGGUACAAUGCAUACAGGUUUCUUGUUCAGAAUGCAAAGAGAUUGGAGGUUGAGGGGCUUGCACAAUUUAUUCCUAUUGAACAAUUCACUCUUCAUAAAUCAUCUAAUGUUCUUGACCAAUGGAUCAACUCAGCUACUCAGAGUCUGGUGCACUUUGUCCAACAAGAAAUGGAUGGAUAUCGUCUCUAUACAGUUGUUCCUUAUCUCUUAAAAUAUCUUGAUAACCUCACUAAUAUAUAUGUGCGGUUCAACCGUAAGAGACUCAAAGGCCGGACAGGAGAAGAAGACUGCCGGAUUGCACUUUCAACUCUCUAUCAUGUGCUUCUAACCUCUUGUAAAGCAAUGGCCCCUUUAACGCCCUUCUUCACCGAAGUGCUCUACCAAAAUAUGCGUAAAGUUUCCAGUGGGUCAGAAGAAAGCAUUCAUUAUUGCAGUUUUCCUCAGGAAGAGGGGAAGGGAGGGGAACGUAUUGAACAAAGUGUCAAUAGAAUGAUGACGAUCAUCGAUCUUGCCCGAAAUAUUCGGGAGCGUCACAACAAACCUCUGAAAAAUCCACUUAAGGAGAUGGUUGUAGUUCAUCCUGAUGCAGAGUUUCUUGAUGAUAUAGCCGGAAAACUGAAAGAGUAUGUGUUAGAGGAACUCAACAUAAAAUCCAUUGUUCCAUGCAAUGAUACUUUGAAAUAUGCUUCCUUACGUGCAGAGCCAGAUUUCAGUGUAUUGGGUAAACGUCUUGGAAAAUCAAUGGGUGUUGUUGCCAAGGAAGUUAAAGCAAUGUCACAGGAAGAUAUUUUAGCUUUUGAGAAAAGUGGAGAAGUUACAAUUUCGACACACAGUUUGAAGCUGGCUGAUAUUAAGAUCAUCAGGGGUUUCAAGCGGCCUGAUAAUAUGACAGAGGAGGAAAUUGAUGCUGCAGGAGAUGGUGAUGUCUUGGUUAUAUUGGAUUUGCGUCCGGAUGAGUCAUUGUUUGAAGCAGGGGUUGCCAGGGAGGUUGUUAAUAGAAUUCAGAAGUUAAGGAAGAAAGCUGCCCUUGAACCUACUGACAUGGUGGAGGUUUACUUCAAAUCAUUAGAUAAAGACAAGUCAAUAUCGCAUCAGAUUUUGAACUCACAGGAACAAUAUAUCAGGGAUGCGCUUGGUUCCUGUUUACUUCCUUCUACCAUGAUUCCCCCACAUGCAGUGGUUCUUGCUGAGGAAAGCUUCCAUGGCAUUUCUAAUUUGGCAUUUGUCAUCACUUUGGCAAGACCGGCCUUAGUAUUUAACUCAGAUGCUAUUCUUGCGUCAUACAAAGGAAACACAAAGUUUGCGCAUGGUUUGGAGACCUACUUGCUGUCAAGGGAUCAUCAUAAGCUGAAACUAGAAUUCCAACUUGGAAAUGGAAAGAUUACUGUUGAUUGCAUUGAAAAUCAGCCUGCAGUCAACAUAGUAUCGGGAGAACAUGUAUUCUUGUCUGUUGGAGACUACUUCUUGGGCACAAGAAAGCCCUGAUUUCACUUCCAUCCUAUUGUUUUGCAUUUGUCCCAAACAUGAUUUUGUGUUUUCCCCAAUAGAAAAGCACAGAAGAACAAGAACAAAUGAAAGAGAAGAUAGCCCGCCAGUGUAAUGUUAUUGUUACCUUCAUCUUGUAUAUUAUCCCCAAAUUGAUGAGUAAAAGUAAUAUUUUUGUGGAAAGGAAGAUUUUCUUUGGCAUC